UAGACCAGGCUGGCCUCGAACUCAGAGAUCCUCCUGCUUCUGCCUCUCUGAGUGCUGGGAUUAAAGAUGUGCGCCACCACCGCCCAGCACGAGAAUCUUUCCAUUGCAUUAAAUAUUGCUCCACAAAAUUGGUUCGAUAGCUGCCUUUCACUCCAUUUUAUGAGUGUACUAUAUUCAUUUUCUCGUACAGAUCAUUUGUUCCAGUAACCAUCUUUAUAACAAUAACUGCUCAUGGGCUAGACAGAUUGCUUGGUAGUGGCUGCACCCCCUGCUCUUCCAGAGGACCUGGGUUUGAUUUUUAGUACCCACACGGCAGCUCACAACCAUCUGUAACUCCAAUUCCGGGGGAUCUAACACCCUCUUCUGACCUCCUCAGGCAAUAGGCAAGCACAUGACAUACAUUCAAACGAAAACACUCAAGCACAUAAAAUACAUGUUUAAACAAUGAAUUAAAAAGAAUAGAAGUCUUAGAAAGCACUGAUGCCUGGAUCUUAACUGCACAGCUUCUGACUUGUUAGCUUGAGUUAUAGUUUAGGUAAAUAUUGGUAACUUUUAAGAGUUUCCAGUCAGUCUAAUGUGUGGAGAAGUUAAAAGUUACCACAGACUCUGUGACAUAGGGGGAGAAGGUACGAGAAGAAGCACUCUUAGGGUCAGAUGCAUAUCAGUGUUUAUUAUUUAGUAUGCCCAUAACCAUCUUGAGCUGCCAAGUGGUGAUGGAGCUGACCCACUUACUUGUGGUGUACAUAAAUAUAGAACUGUCGAUGAUAGAGCUGACCCUCUUACCUGCGACAUACAUGCAGAAUUGUGGAUGAUGAAGCUGACUCACUUACCUGUGACAUAAAUACAGAAUUGUGGAUGAUGGAGCUGAACCACUUACCUGUUGUAUACAAACAGAAUUGAGAAUGGUGGAGCUGACCCACUUACCUAUGACAUACAUUCAUUGUUCUUUGGUAUAUUAAUUAGAAUGGGACUUAUUUCAUCAAGGUUUAUGCUGUCAGUUUUCUGUGUCAAAUCAUAUACAGCACAUUAAAUAAAAUAUACCUUAUUGACAAAUGUUUUUGAGUUAAAUAAUAACACUAUAAUCAAAAAUAUAUUCAUUAAUGAAGAGUCUGAAUUAAUCAAACAAUAUGUUCAAUGACUAGCAUAUGAUAUGUAUUUUAAUAUUUUUAAAAAAUGUAUUUUGAGUUACCUAGUAAGUCUAGUAUCUUUCCUUUAUGGCUAUAUCAAUGUUUUAAAAAUUGAAAUAAAAAUUAUUCUUCAGUUUAGGGGACAUUAUCUAUUUGAACAGGUUAGUUGGAGAAAAACAUUUGCAGCGUCUGCAAGAUGUUUUUUUCUUUUUUCCACUCUGAAGUGGUCUGUGUCCUUGAAUAUAAGACACAAGUGACCCCUGGGCUGUUAAUUAUUGGCAAAUUGCCCCAUCUCAACCUAAGGAAGUAAAGUAACAUGUUUGCCAGCCGAUGGUUACUAGUUAACAGGCAUCACUUAAGAAGCAUAUAAAAGGCCGCCAGCAGGACCGCUCUGCACGUUCGGCUUCCACCACUGCCAACGAUGAACAAACCAGCCACCAUGAAGUGGAGGGCGCCCAUUCUUGUCGUCUUCCUGCUAAGUUUUGCUGACUCCAAAGUGCUGCAUAGAAAUGAGUUUGGAAUAGCUUCCACAUUAGAUUCUUCCCAGUGCUCAACAGAGAAGAAUUUACUUAGCCUUGCCACCAUCACCUUUACCCAGUUUGUUCCCGAAGCCACUAUCGAGGAAGUAAGCAAAAUGACGAGCGACGUGAUGACGGCGAUUAAGAAACCCACGAGCGAAGAGCAGCAUGGAGGGUGUUUAGGAAACCAGAUGUCUGUGUUUCUGGACGAAAUUUGCCAUGAGAAGGAGCUCUCUGACAAGUAUGGAUUCGCAGACUGCUGCAGCCAAAGUGGGGAGGGAAGACACCAGUGUCUGCUUGCCCGCAAGAAGACAGCUUCUGCCUCUGUCUUGCCCUUUAACUUCCCAGAAGCUGCUGAGAGUUGCAAGGCAUACAAAGAAAACAGGGAGAUGUUCAUGAACAGGGUCAUCUACGAAGUGUCAAGAAGGUACCCCUUCAUGUACUCACCUGCCAUUCUUUCCUUGGCUGCUCAGUACGACAAGGCAGUCCCAGUAUGCUGCAAAGCUGAGAACCCGGAGGAAUGCUUCCAGACAAAGAGAGCAUCAAUUGCCAAGGAACUAAGAGAAGGAAGCUUGCUGAAUGAGCAUGUGUGUGCAGUAAUAAAGAAGUUUGGAUCCCGAAACCUCCAGGCCACAACCAUUAUUAAGAUGAGUCAGAAGUUCCCCAAGGCGAAUUUUACGGAGAUUGAGAAGCUGGUCCUGGAUGUGGCUCACAUCCACGAGGAGUGCUGCCUAGGGAACGCGCUGGAGUGCCUGCAGGAUGGGGAAAAAAUCAUGUCAUACAUAUGCUCUCAACAAGAUAUUCUGUCAAGCAAAACAGCAGACUGCUGCAAAUUGCCCACACUGGAGCUUGGCUAUUGCAUAAUUCACGCAGAAAAUGACGACAAACCUGAAGGGUUGUCUCCAAAUCUAAAUGAGGUUAUGGGAGAUAGAAAUUUUGGCCAGUUUUCUUCGGAGGAAAAAAUCAUGUACAUGGCAAGAUUUCUUUAUGAAUAUUCAAGAAGACACACCACGUUUGCCGUCUCAGUCAUCCUAAGAAUUGCUAAAACAUACCAGGAGAUAAUGGAGAAGUGUUCCCAGGCUGAAAAUUCACCUGCAUGCCAGAACAAUGGGGAAGAAGAGCUUGAGAAACACAUCCAGGAGAGCCAUGCACUGGCUAAGCAGAGCUGCGCUGCCUUCCAGAAGAUGGGGCCCUACUACUUACAAAAUGAGUUCCUCAUUGUUUACACGAGGAAAGUCCCUCAGUUGACCUCAGCUGAGCUGAUAGACCUCACCAGGAAGAUGGUGGGCAUUGCUUCCACGUGCUGCCAGCUCAGUGAGGAUAAAUGGUCUGCCUGUGGUGAGGGAGCGGCUGACCUUUUCAUUGGACACUUGUGUAUAAGACACGAAGCAAACCCUUUGAACCCCGGUAUCGGCCACUGCUGCAAUUCUUCCUAUUCUAACAGGAGGCCAUGCCUCACCAGCUUGGUGAAGGAUGAAAGCUACGUCCCUCCACCAUUUUCUGAGGACAAAUUCACCUUGAGCAAGGAUCUGUGCCAGGCUCAGGGCAGAGCCCUGCAGACCAUGAAACAAGAGCUUCUCAUUAACCUUGUGAAGCAAAAGCCCAGCAUAACAGAGGAGCAAUAUGAGGCUGUCACUGCUGAUUUCUCUGGCUUCCUGGAGAAGUGCUGCCAAGCCCAGGAGCGGGACGUCUGUUUUGCAGAAGAGGGUCCGAAGCUGAUUUCAAGAACUCGUGCAGCUUUGGGAGUUUAAACUCCUUCAGGGAAGAGAGGACCAAAUGAGUUGGUGGUUUAGUGAGAGCUUCCUGGCCUCCGUGUCACUGAGAGUACUUUAACGACAUGGUGAAGACUUCCAUGUGAGACUUCUCUCCCUAAGAAAUAAAGACUUCCUAAC